AUGGGAUUUAGAAAUUUUACGAUUGUGAAAUUCGAUCAACAUCACACCGAUUCCGUCGGCCUCACCAACUCCAUCACAGAUGCCAAAGACAAUGUGGUGAAGAGAGGGCUAAAUCGAAGAGAUGCUUGUAUUCUUCUCUUCCGUUCUUAUCGGCUUUCAUUAUUUUAUUCGUUGUUUCCGAUUUCCACGUCGCCGCCCUCCUCCUCCAAUACUCUUUCGUUCGCAUUUCCUUACUUCCUCUUUCUUUCUUCUUCACUCUUCCUUACGUCUCUCUCCCUCGAAACCCUUCAAUUGGCUGGUCAUAGUUUGCAUCAGGUUGCCGACGGCGGCGACGCCCUUAUUUUAAUUCAGCUUAUCCCACCGCCUUUUUUUGGACUCACCUUCGUCGCCUUCCAAUGGGAUGUCUUCUCCUGCUUUCCUUUUAUCUCUAUUUGUUCUCAAUCCCUUCUUACUUCCGUCCGUCUAAUUUCGCUUUUCAUCACUCUACAAAAUCUGGACGACCGCCAUUCAGAUUGCCGCUUCACUACCUCUCUCUUACCCAAUAACAAAAUCAGAAACAGAAAAGAAGAAGCAGGUUUCGAUUUCAGUAUAUUGAUUGAGUGCGGAGUUCUUUGGUUGAUUAGGCGUGCAACCCACUUCAUAUGGAGAUUUGAAGGAGAGUUUCACUAUGCAUCCCAACUGGUCGAUGAAAUGCUUGAACCAGGAUAUUUCGUUUGA